AUGCUAGAUGGAGACUCUACAAUAUAUGCGCUCUCUACUGCAACUGGACGAGCAGCCAUUGCAGUCGUGCGUGUAUCGGGUCCGGCAUGUGCCUCGAUAUACAAGAGUCUCUGCCCAAACCACCCGCUUCCAAAACCGCGCUAUGCAGCCCUCCGCACCCUCUAUGACCCAACCCAACCCCCAACCGCAAACACAAUCCUCGAUGCCGGCGCCUUAGUCCUCUACUUCCCCUCCCCACGAACCGCAACAGGCGAAGACAUCCUCGAACUACACAUCCACGGCGGCCCCGCAAUAACAAAAGCCGUCCUUUCAGCAAUCGCACAGACAAACACCCCAGAGCAAACAGUGCGCUACGCCGAACCAGGCGAAUUCACCCGCCGCGCCUUCAUGAACGACCGUCUCAGCCUGCCUCAGAUUGAAGCACUCGGCGACACUUUGUCCGCCGAUACCGAGCAGCAGCGACGACUAGCUGUGCGUGGCUCCAGCGACGCAUUGCUGAAUCGAUACGAGCGGUGGCGGCAGGGUCUGCUGUAUGCGCGCGGCGAGCUGGAGGCGCUGAUUGAUUUCUCUGAGGAUCAGCAUUUCGAUGAGUCCACCGAGGAGCUUGUUUCUUCUGUUGCGGCCCAAGUGCGCACGUUGAGCGUGCAGAUCGGUUUCCAUAUUGCUAAUGCGUCGCGGGGCGAGUUGCUUAGGAAUGGGAUUCGGGUUGCGCUAUUGGGUGCGCCGAAUGCUGGCAAGAGUUCCUUGCUUAACCGGGUUGUUGGGAAGGAGGCUGCUAUUGUUAGUACUGAGCAAGGGACUACGAGGGAUAUUGUCGAUAUUGGGGUUGAUCUUGGAGGAUGGUAUUGUAAGCUUGGGGAUAUGGCGGGGAUCCGGGCUGAGGGUAGCUCUGGUGAUGGUGAGGGGGUUGUUAUUGGAGCCGUUGAGAAAGAGGGCAUUCGCCGGGCUAGGGAGAGGGCGUUGGAGUCUGAUGUUGUUAUUGUGGUUCUUUCGCUGGAAGACACUGCCACUGGCGUCCAGCUAUUCGUUGAGCCGGAGGUUCUGGGUGCUGUUAAUGACUGCGUGGAAGCAGGCAAGUGCCUCGUUGUGGCUGUCAACAAAUGCGACAAGCUACACACUGCCAUGGAAAGUGGUGUGCCGCAGUCAUUGUCAGAUACGAUCCACGACAUCUUCCCUUCGGUCCCGGUAGACCGUGUAUUUACCAUUUCCUGCGAGGAAGCCCGUCAGGGAGCAUCGUCUCUCAAUACCACUACAGACCCGGGUAAUCUACAGGUCUUUCUACGUGGACUAAUUGCGACGUUUGAGCAGAUUGCCUCGCCUCUUGGCGUGGGCGGAGAUGGAGGUCAAUAUGAUAUCUCGUAUUGGGAAGAUUCUCUAGGUGUCUCGCAUCGCCAAAGCUCUAAUCUUCAAAUAUGUCUCGAUCAUCUGGACGACUUCCUAUCUCAAGCAUCUUCUGCUGAAUGUCAUGAUAGUUCCUCGCGCGAGAGAGAACUCGGUCCUCUUGAUUCCCAUGUUGAAUCUGAAGUCGAUAUCGUCACUGCUGCGGAACAUCUGCGCUUUGCGGCUGAUAUGCUGGCUAAGAUCACAGGAAAAGGCGAGAGUGGAGAUGUCGAGGAUGUGUUGGGGGUUGUCUUUGAGAAAUUCUGUGUCGGCAAAUGA